AUGGGGCCCCCUGUUCACCCCCAGGCGCCGCGCGAGCCGGGGUUACCUGCCGACGAAGAGAUCGCCAACUUCAACCUGACCGAGGUAUACGCAGUCCUGUCGAAGAUCGAGAGCACCAAUCAAUACAUCGUGGCGUGGGAGGCCGCAGCUAGCAGAAGCUCCGCGGCGAACAUGCGACACCGCGAAGGCCGGCGACUGCGGUACAAGCUGGACGACAAACGCAAGGUGCUGCGCGCGGCCGCCAACGAACUGUCGAGGGACCAGAUCCGCCGGCUCACCAUCCUCGAGAUGCCCCCCGAGGUGCUGCUCAAGGCCUUCGAGUACUUCCGCCAUCCCGGCGUGGAACCCGGCCUGGUCGGGUGGUCGUGGCCGGAGCUCAACGCCAACGAGCACUCGUACCAACGCGAGCGGCAGAACCUCUCCGACGCGCGGUUGGUCUGUCGGGCGUUCGAAUCGUGUGCCUCGCCCAUCCUGUUCUCCUUUGUCGCGGUGAGCCUGUCGCAGGCAUCGCUCGACCGGUUCGUCGCCCUCUCCCGCUGCCCCGGCCUGGCGCGCGCGGUGCGUGGCGUGCUGAUCAGACUGCCCUACCGACCCCCCGAGCUCGCCGCCGACUUUGUCCGGUUCUAUCAACAUCGCUCGAGGCUCGAACCGUAUGCUCACCUGGCCGGUCUGACGAUGCCGGAGCAUCGCGCCGCGUUCCUGCGGGCCCAUGCAGGGUAUGGCCGCGCGCACGAGGAACAGCACCAGCUGAUCGCCAGCGGCGACUUUGUGCGAACGGUGACCCAAUCGGUGGGGCGAAUGCCCAACGUCAUUACGAUGGGAGUGACGGAUCGCGAGAACACCAUCAUGGAUUACGCACGCUACGUGGAGUAUGAGAAGGAAGGCCAGGCCGAGCCCGCCCACCUGCACACGCGCCUCCUCGAUCCUCUGCCCUGGAGACACACCGAGCACCCGCCGGCAAGGAUCCUCUUCGAGCUCCCCGUCGCCCUCCAAGCCACCGGCUGUGCGCUGCAGCACGUCUCCCUCGACUCGCUGCGACUCGUCGACGCAUUCCCGUCCGCCACCGGCCCCGACCUGGGCACCCUGGAUUCCUUCUCCCAGCUCCGCGCCGCCUGUCAGGACCUCCGCAGCGUCAGCAUCGGCGAUCCGAGCGAGUGGUGGGCGGGCAGCCGCGGGGAGAUCCUGGCCUUCGACCGGGCGGCGGCGACCGAGUACCUCCACGCGCUGCUGUCCAGCCGGCGUGUCGAGCGCGUGCAGAUCGCCCUGCGGCCGAUGCUGGGCCCGGAUUCCCAGUCCUUCGCCCACGAGUUCGAUGUCGGCCCGCUGGUGCGCCGCGUGCGGUGGCCGUGUCUCCGCGAGCUGUCCCUGAUGUGUGUGGUCAUGGCGGAGGAAGACCUGCGGGAGUUGCUCGCGCACCUGGAGAACUCCUCCCUGCAGCGAAUCAGCCUGGCCUACGUGCACUUCCGCGCCGGCAGCUGGCCCGAUCUCCUCGACACCUGGCGUGAGGCCGUUCGCGAGGAUCGCUACCGCCACCCGCUCCGAGUCACUUUCAACUCCCCGUCCGAGCGUGAGAAGAGCUACGACUACGCGUUGACCUGGCAGCGGGCGGCCAUGUACGUCGUGGGGGCGCCCGGCGUGCUCAGUAACCCUUUUCGACCCCGUAAUGCAUGGACGAAGAUUGAUAGCGCAGAGGAUAGUGAGUAG